UAGUAUCUAGAGUAAGAGUGUGCAAGUACAGACAGCAUACACUGGCUGACAGAGAACCAUAAUAAAACUCCAUCCAAGAAUUUAGAGCUUUUUUAACUCACCAUUUUGUCUUUUCAGGUAGUUGUAUAUCAUGAUAAAGUUCUGGGCUCAUAUUUUUUUGGUAACUGCUGUUGCAUUGCUUCUAGCGGGGCUGCCAGUGAAAGCUACGGUGGAGCAGAUUCUUUCUCCAGAAUGCCGUGAGUUCCUGUACAUGGGCACAGCACCGGUGGGGCUGGAGGACCACUCACUGGUUAAAAUCUGCCAGCGCUACAACAACAAACCUCGCUAUGUCACCCUGUACAACACCAAGGACCAUGUGCCAGUCUACUCAGCCUACACCUUCAAACGCUCCGACGGAGAGAAAAAAGUAGACGUGCCUUGGAUGUAUGAGCCUCAGCUAUCCACGUCCUCAGACACGGGGGAAAUGCAGCAGUUCCCGCGUGGCUAUAUGCACCAGAACUUUGAGGAUGCUCAGGCUGUCCUGGAGGACUAUGCCAAUGCUGUUCUUUAUGAGCGUGGACAUCUAAACCCUGAUGAACACCAGGCCAACCCUGACGACAAAGCGGCCACUUACACACUGACCAAUGUGGUCCCGCAGGUCCGUGAGUUCCACAGAGGCCAAUGGAAGGCCCAGGAGCACAUCAUCCGCCGCAGACUCAACAACUACUGCAGGGGCACGGCCUACAUGGUCACCGGCAUCACCUCCUCUGGCAACAUGAUCCGCAGACAUAACAUCGGCCGGGUGGCUGUGCCCACCUACCUGUGGUCAGCCUACUGCUGCAUUGACUACGAUCACAAUGCACCAUAUGACGAGCGCUACAAAUUCCCUGCCUUCGCCCACUAUGGACUCAAUGACAAAGAAAACAAUCAGAUCUUGGAGCUGUCGGUCCCCAAGCUGGAAGAGUUCCUAAAGAAGUCUACUUUUGUUGACAAGAACUUCCAAAUAUUUGUUGAUGACUGUGUGCCCCCUGGAUCGGCCUCUGUCUAGUCAUGCUGUAUAAAUUGUGCCUCCAUAUAAAUCACAUACAUUACUUAAUGACAACAGGCAAUAUUUAACUAGCUAAUUGCAAAUAUACAUUGAUUUAUACUGAAUGAUGUCCCAUAAGAAGUUUUCCCAAAGCAGAUAUGUGAAUGUAUGUUUUCUUGCAAAAAGACGGCUUCUGCUGGAGCACUUGUGCUGAAAUUGUACUGUUUAAAUCAUCAAUUAAAAUUUCACAAUCUGCCAUC